AUGUCGGAGGUGGUGGGCACGCCGGAGAGCGGUGGCGGGGGCGGGGUCAAGGAGCAGGAGCGGUUCCUGCCGAUCGCCAACAUCGGGCGCAUCAUGCAGCGCAGCGUGCUGGAGAAGGGCAAGAUCACCAAGGACGCCAAGGAGUCCAUCCAGGAGUGCGUCUCCGAGUUCAUCAGCUUCAUCACCACCGAGGCGAGCGACAAGUGCAUGAAGGAGAAGUGCAAGACCAUCAACGGGGACGACCUGAUCUGGUCCAUGGGCACCCUCGGCUUCGAGGACUAUGUCGAGCCCCUCAAGCUCUACUGGGAGGUUUUGGCUAACUGCACAUUUUACAACUGUGUCAGGUGUUGUUUGAGUAAUUUGCUGGACUGGUCGUCAGAGCUCACAGCAGUGUUCGUCGCUUUAUUACACGACAUGGAGAAUGUUGUCACUUGGCAGCACGUGUGGAGCCACUUCUGCUUAUGCUUCAAGGAUGAGAAAAUGACGGAUGAUAAGGCAACAGUGCGUGCAUUUGGUAUAAAAGAUGGUGAUGAGUUAUGA